GACUAUAGAACUGACUAUAUAAAACUUACAGUGUCAGUAUUCUUUUAGAAAGUAUCCCGACGUUCUUGCAAACUUUCAAGAAGUUGAAGUGCUCAUUUUUACAUUUUUGUGCCCUUAACAAGUGCGAAUUAUCGAGUUCAGACGAUUUGAAAAGUAGAAAACUGAAAUCGAAUAUAAUAAUUGAAUUUUCACGCUAGAGAGUAAAGAGUUCAAGUUCAAACGAAAAUCAAUUACGAAAAAAUACAGAAACAAUGGCAGCUGUAAUACCAGCCAUUACUAAAAUUUCUCCCAGAGUAAUAAGAAUAUUAGGGUGUAAUCCCGGAUUUAUGACAUUACAGGGAACCAACACGUACAUUGUUGGAACAGGCAAAAGGAGAAUAUUGAUAGACACAGGAGAUGAAGGAAUACCUCAAUACAUCAACCAUUUGAAAUCUGUUUUAACCUAUGAAGGCAUCGAUUUGGCUCAUAUUUUCAUAACUCACUGGCAUCAUGACCAUAUUGGAGGACUCAAUGACAUAUUGACAGAACUUAGAGAAAAAACAAAACAUUGUCAAGUUUGGAAAUACCCAAGCCUUAAAGAUGACAUCAACAAGAACGAAUUGAUAGAAUCAUUUAAAGAUGGUCAAGAGUUUGCUGUAGAAGGAGCAACACUUAGAGUGGUUCAUACACCCGGACAUACAGAUGACCACAUAGUGCUCCAUUUACUAGAAGACAAUGUCAUCUUUAGUGGGGACUGUAUCCUGGGAGAGGGCACAGCUGUCUUUGAAGACUUGUAUGAUUACAUGCGUUCCCUGCAGGACAUUGCUAACCUACAGCCUGCAACUAUCCUUCCCGGACAUGGAAAUACUAUACAAAACCCCGCUGAGAAAAUAUCCUUCUACAUCAAACAUAGACUCGAACGUGAAUCACAAAUAAUGGAAGUAUUAAACAAUAACCGCUCAAAGUCCUUUAAUGAAGAGGAUCUAGUAAGAAUGAUUUACGAGGAUCUCCCUGAAAGCUUAACCAAAGCUGCCCAGAAUAAUGUUAAUCACCAUCUGCUUAAGUUACUCAGAGAGCAAAGGGUGAAGCAAAUGGACGACAAAUGGCAGGUGUCAGAUUUCAACGAAGUCAAAUGUCGUUAAAAGUAUUAUUUCAUUGUAAUUUUAGAGACUCCAAAGGCUGUUACUAUUUAAGUUGUUGUUAGGCUCGUUAUUGUGAUAGCUAGUCAUAGGUUAUGUUAUAAACAGCGAUUAAGUGGCUAGAGGGCAACGGACCAAAAAAUAAAAUUGGCAGAGAUGGUGAAAAGAAGACUUAGAAAUUGUAGUAUGUUUUCGUUGAUUGUUCAUUGCAAAUAAAGUGACUGUUCAGCUGCUAAUAUGUUGGUCAAAAUCGCUGCUUUACUACAUUUAAUGUAAUAUUUGGUUUUAUUUCUAAUAGAGAUGCUAUCGAUAAGGUAUUUGUAUUAUGUAUCUAUAUUGAAUGAUUAAUUGAAUAAAUAAUUUCCUAAAA